CUGGUUCUUGGCCUCCAGCUUCCGGAUCAACUUCACGAUGGGCCGCUCCAAGGACAUCGCGCUGCACAUCAACCCCCGCGUGAACGAGCGCCUCGUGGUGAGGAACAGCCGCCUGAACGGCCAGUGGGGCUCGGAGGAGCGGGAGCUGCCGCACAACCCCUUCCUGCCAGGCCAGUACUUCGACCUUUCCAUCCGCUGCGGGAACCAGCGCUUCAAGGUCUUCGCUAACGGGCAGCCGCUCUUCAACUACGCCCACCGCUGCCCCAGCUUCCAGCAGAUCGACACACUGGACAUCGACGGGGACGUGGUCCUGUCCUACGUCCAGUUCUGAGCCCAGCCAGCGCCGCUGCACAUGGGGCCACGUGCCCCCCCCACAGACCCAAUAAACGACUCUGCUUCGCACCAUGA